UUGAUCUUCGACGCCUUCAUCACCGAGAGAUGGCAACACCCGUUUUCCAGUUCGCUGCCAUCGGGGUGCUGGCGUUAGCAUUCGUUAUCCACAGUGUUUGCUUCUCCACUGACAACUGGGUAUGCGCGGAUCUCGAUUCCAGAGGCAUGCAGGAUGUUCUGGAUGCAAACAGUUUCGAAGAAGACCCCUCUGGCCUGGGCGACGGCGUGCUGGCUAACAUUGGCUUGUCGAUACGCCUGGGCUUGUGGCAGUAUUGUUUAUCAGAGUCUCUGACGGGAGCGACCAAGUGUGAUCCUCUGAGCUCGAACGAUGCUCCAGGUUGGAUGAAGGCUGUACAAGCUUUGGGAAUUUUGGCCAUGAUAAUUGCUGUGAUGGGACUAUUUUUGAUAACGUAUGGCCUUGCAGGUCACAGCAAAGGAGACAGGGCAAGGCUACUUCCUUAUUACUGCAGUUGUGUUUGCGCAUCAGCUGGAUUGAUGCUGCUAAUUGCUGUGGCAAUUUUUGGAUUGGAGUAUCAGAACUUGAUAGAAGAUCAGUUGAAGAAGGGAGACCCUAUGCCUGACCUGGACUCUUUGAUGAAGAAUGUCAAAGACAACACCAAGCUAGGCUGGAGUUACAUCCUUGAAGCAUUUAGUGCUUUCCUGAUUAUUGUGGCCUCGUUAAUGGUCUGCUUGCCUGCCACCCUGACCAGUGGUGGCUCUUUCUAUUUAGCUGGUAGAAAUCUAGCCGUGUAGAGAAAGAGCAAAGUGAAUAAAAAUGUUUGUGUCGGUGAUGGUGGUCAAUAUUCAACUUUACUUUUCUUGCUUACAGUAGCAUGCCCUGUUCUGUGUUGGGUCUUUCAAAGUUUCGCAUAAUUCUGCUGGAACAAAUUGCAAUAGGACCCUGCACGUCUGUCAGAUUAACUAACAUUGACUAUCAUGGUGCUUUUUAUAUGGUAUACGUUGUGUGACAAAUGAAUUCUGCAAGGACUGUGUGUUUGUGUGUGUGUGUAUGUGUGAGAGAGACAGUUCAUGUGUCUUCAAAAUUUAUAUUGUCCUCUCAUACAAAAGCUAAAUUUUUUCAAAGAAUUAAAGUGUGUGCUAAUAAAGUUUGGAUUCUUCUAUUUUCUGGCUCUGAGUGAUUGUGCGCCUAACAUUAACCAUGUUUUGGAAUGGUACAUAAAGGACAUACAACAACAACAAAGUGUGAUUUAUCUAUAGUGCAUGAUCAAAGCUACAAAGGAGCAUGCUCUCGGCGCCUAAGACAGAAGGAGACAUGGAUAGUUUACGAAAGAAGGAUAAGCAACCGUCCAAAUAAUAAAAGACAAACAUAGAAGACGCGAAGGAGAAUCAGGGAACAAACAGCAAGGAUGAAGAGUUUCAUAAAUCUGCAGAUGACGGGCAGGCGGACUAGUCAAUAGACCUAAUGCUCAUAAAACAAAUGUGUUUUUAGUGCAUUUAGGGACUAGAUGGAUCAGCAGGUUAAUAAUAAUAUGAUAGACAGCUAAUUUAUGUUGAACCGACCAAGAAAGAUGAACAAAACUAAAGAGUACAUUACAAGGAAAAAAAGCAAAUGUGUUGCGCAGACGGCUGGUCCAUUGAGUAAGCCAUGGUAGUCUCCCUUUACUUAAUGGCGGCGUGUGGCAGGAAUGUCAAGUGUUUUUUCUGUUUUCGGUGCCUGGAGAGAGUACGGGUAAUAACUAAGAAAUUUUUCAAAUUCAAAAUAAAACGAACGUUUAUUUCCAUUUCAGAAAACUGUGACGUGUAAUGUUAUAGAUCAGAACUACAUGCAUGUUUUGUUACAUUUAUCUGUAAUAGCUUGUUGGACUGAUAACGUUUUUAUUUCCAAAAGAUUUUCCGUUAAUUACAUCGUAAUUUAUUUAAAGUGCAAGACCGUUUUACCUUUUCAACAAAACACUGCCUUCCUCUGUUUAGUCAAUGAGUUUAAAAAAAUUAUUAUUUGUAGGAAUACCACAGGAAAAUGCCCAUCAGAGUUAAGGGUACUUCGAUCACUCGGAUUUAUAUCUUGAGGGAAAUGAAUAUCCUGGGAAAUUCACUGACUUUAGCGAUAGACUGGGGAAAGGAACGAAGUCUGUGAAAUAAAAAUAAAUUUUGAGAUGCCACAUUUAUUGUACAUCUAGAGAAAUGCAAUGCUAUAAGUGGACUAACAAAUAAUGCGUUCUGUAGUGUCUGCCUUGUUUGUGGGCGGGGCGACAUGCAAAAGGAAAAGACGACGAUCGUAUUUUUAAGGAUUUGAACAGGAAUAUUCUUGCAUGCUGAAUAACAGAGACACCCAUAUCAUGCAGAAUGUUAUCAAGAAAGCGUGAAUUUACAUCUUUGAGAACCGACGAAUGUCUUUAGUAACGUCACUGACCUAAGGGUAUUUAGGGUUUGUUUACACCAGCAUGGGAGAUAACUGUAAACGACACCGCCUUGAAGCCACGUGAGAAAGCUUUUUGCUUCAAGCUGAGAUUUGCAAGAAAAGAGAAGUUCUGCUUCUCUAAUGGGCAAGACUAACAGAGGAAAAGAGGUAAAAGGUUCAAAGACCUCAAAGAAGUUCAGCAAAAGAGGCGUGUGUCGAUCAUCAGCACCUUCAUCACGCUUACGACCAAUCAUUCUUCGCGCAUGCGAAAAUAACAACCGCCAUGAUAGUUUCGUUCCGGUCUGCGACCUGACGUCACAAGACCUUUUGGGGGGUAAGCUCGACGAGGUGUGGCAGAGGGUGCUUUUGCGCGUGGCCCAUUUCGUGGUGCGCGUGAAGAUCAUGGAGUACACGCCCGCCCAUCCAGCGACGACAGGCGAACUAGCCCGAAAAAGGGCUCGGACGUGCACCGGGAUGACCACGUCACUGGGAGAAGACUACAUCAUCGUUAGCAUCCCUGCCCACGCCGUUGGCGAGAACGUUGAAGCGCGCCACACAGUAGUGGAAUUCUUUUUCGACUCCGACAACGCCAAGGACAUCAUCGCCUUGAAGGGGCUUUCUCUACAGCGACCUCUAGAAGCAGAGCCCAUCGCAGAACUCACCUGCCGCGCAUGCCCACGACUGCAGAAGCGUUUGCACUCGAAAUUACUUUCCUUGGACAAGUCCCUGGUAGCCGACGACAGGCCACUGGAGGAGGAGGAGGUGGUGGUAACUAGAGAGACCAUGGCGGCGUUAGUGUCGCACCCGCAUGGUUUCCCCAAGAGGGUCUCCUUUGGGCGAUGCCACGGCCUGGAAAAGCUUUCCAGCGCCAAAAACAGUUGGGUAUCAGCGACGGGUGCCAGAAUACCAGAGCUCGCGGACCACCCAGCAAGACAAGCGGUAGACUUUGCGAAACGGACACUACUGGGGGUCCUUCGAGUGCUGGCAGUCUUGGGACGCCAGGCGUUGUGCCCCCUUGACUAUAGACCGGCUCUAGUGAGGCUUUUGUGUUCAGUGCCCUCCUGCCCCGGAUCGAGCGGGGGGCCCAUCAUCCUAAUGCCACCUCGGCGGCCCAAUGCCCCUGUGACAUCAGUACGCGUCUUUUUGCACGUUGGCACCAUGCCACACAGAGGGCUUAGCGUGGCCGUUCCAAUUAAAAGGAGGAUAAUUUUAUCGGCAUUUUAGCACUUUUAUUUGAUUUACUUGAACCCUCAGCUUUAGCAGUGCGUUGUCCACCCUCCAUGAUCUCCAACCGUUGGACUGAGCUUUCAAAAUGAUCAUCACGUCCGGUCUAUGAUAUGCAUAUUAAUGAGAAUUUGAGAGACACGUUGAACAUAUAUAUAUAUAUCCAUAUAAAUUAUACGUAACAUCAAUCGUGGCCAUCAGAGAUGCUGUUGGGCGCUCAGCGUAGUCCUCACCAUCAUCCAGCAUGUGUGUGUGUGAGGGGGCAAAUUGAUGUUUUACGUCGAGCCAGCAACUAAGGCUAUAUAACGGCACUGGCAUGUGUGGGAUGUGUUACACGGAACUGACUUACAUAUUUUAAACGCACAGAAAGCAGGUGGGACAUGAAACCGUCAGACUAAAAUGAAGAAUGAACAGAAAAUACGAAUCUAUUUGUAAGUAGUAAUAAAAAGACAGUACUGGAAAGAA